CACCGCCCCCCGCCCUCAGGCUUUCGAGCCUCAGUCGGCGCUGAGCAUCCCGCUGCCCCGGACCCUCCCGCGGGCGCGCACCGGGCUUAACUCAGGCUCUGGACUGCAUGAGGGCAUCUCCACUGCCCAGGAAUCAUUGUGUGUGGACAGGACAGCCUCCUUGGAACAUCGGCCAUACCAGAGUUGUGCCUCGGCAUGGGCCUUGCCGUUGAGGCAGCUCCGCAAUCUGCGCUGGCCUGAGGGUGCUGCCUGUCAUGGGGGCAGCCAUCUCCCAGGGGGCCCUCAUCGCCAUCGUCUGCAACGGCCUUGUAGGCUUCUUGCUGCUACUGCUUUGGGUCAUUCUCUGCUGGGCCUGCCACUCUCGUUCUACUGACGUCGAUUCUCUCUCAGAAUCCAGUCCCAACUCCAGCCCUGGCCCCUGUCCUGAGAAGGCACCACCCCCCCAGAAGCCUAGCCAUGAAGGCAGCUACCUGCUGCAGCCCUGAAGGCACCUGGCCUGCCCUGGAGUCCUGGACCUGAGUGUACCAGAGUCAGAGUGUGGCGUCUGAUCCAGUUCAGCCAGUCUGGGGUCCAGAAUUUAGAGUCCAGUCUAUUUGAAGCUGGACCCAGCAGCCUAGACUGUAGCCAGCCUGACUCAAAGAGAGCCCUGAGUAGCCCUUCAGAGACAGACCUGGAGUGGGGGGUUAGGAGUUGGUGCUAGGGCCAGGGCCAUCUGGACUCUGCUCCAUCCCAAGAGCCAAGGGCUGUUUAUCUCCCUAAGCUCAGCGUCUCUGAGCUCUCUAGGUUGGGGAAGCAAACUGGAACCCAUGGCAAUAAUGGGAG